AUGCAUGCUGGAGUAACGUACAAAGGUGCAGAGUUCAGUCCAAGCACUGGAGCACAGCAAACCCUUCUGCUUGUCUCUCCGUCUCAGCAGCAGCCCGCUACUUAUCCCCACGUCCAGGGUGCACCAGCCACCAAUCCCAAGCAGACACAGUCUCCUGCUUUCGAUCCCCUGAUGGUUGCAACAUCUGGUUCCUUGAAAAGCAACCUAUUUCCUUCCCGAAGAUGUGUGCGCAGUAUCAGAAACUUACCAUUCCUGAAUCACGGGGACACCUCAAGAGGUUUGGUUCAUCCUAUUUCUCUCUCCUCCCUCCAGAACAAGACUCACUUCGAUUCUGGGACAUGCAGCGGCUCCACCGUGCCGCUGUUGGAGGAUCCUGCCCUGGGUGCAGAGGAGGAGGAGCCGGCCUCUCUGAUCGAGUACCUGAGCAGCGUUCACUCUCCCUGGCACCUGAGUGAGAGCUGGGGUCCCGCGGCUGAUCAGCUGAGAGAGCUGGCUGUGCGGUCACCCGCCCUGAUCGAUACGGCAUUCAUAAUGUCCUACUUUAGGUCCUUGCGUAUAGUGGACAAGGGAGUCUUGGAAAUAGGUGAAGAUUUGCUGAAAUUUGUCAAUCUGGAUGAAUUUAUAUUAAGUGCAAACUACAUCACUGAAAUAAACUUAACACACCUGACCAGAACCCUGAAGGUGCUGGAGCUUUGUGCCAAUGAAAUCUCCAGUAUGAAAGGCAUUUCCUGUAGUCCUCCAGCUGGGUUAACUCACCUGGGUCUGGGGUACAACAAGCUCUCCUCCCCCUCAGAGUACAAAUACCUCGAAGCAAGCUUCUGGCCCGUUCUGCUGUCUCUUGAUUUGAGUUUCAAUAACCUUGUGGAUCUGCCUGACUUGGUGUGUAAGCUGAGCUCCCUGUUGCGGCUCAGAACCCUGGUGUUUAUGGGAAACCCCCUGGCUCUCACCCCCUCCUACCGCGGCUUCCUCGUGGACAGCCUGCCGAAGCUCGCCCUUCUCGACGACGUCCGGGUAUUGCCAGAUGAGAGGCACCACUUUAAAGGACUGGCCAAGAGAAAAGAACUCAUUGUGGAUGAAGCCAAGGUGAUUGUGAGUAUCGGGACAGUUCAAGGUAUUCCGAACCCGGUCAACCCUGUGGAAACUGAAACCCCCCCCGAAUAUCCGAUCGUCAGUUACAGCUACCACGUGACGUACGAGUUUCUCAAUGACCAUCCACUGUCCACCACCGACGAGGAGACAGCUGACCAGGCAAAGAAAACCCCUACGUGCUGUGACUCUGAAAGGACAAACAACUCCGUGCAGAGUUCUCAACAGCACCAGGAGAGUACACACGAAGAGUCAAGAAACCCCUCAGCAGACACAGCGCCACCUGCUGGUAAUAAGACCCCUGGUCCUCCACAGAACAAGGUACCUGAAGACGACAGCUCUGUGCUUCUUCACUGCACCCCCAAAGUGCCCUGGGCAGGACAGAUUGAGAGUGAGUACAGGAAGGUUCACCAGCAGAGAGACCUCCGAUCACUGAAGCAGUUCCUCCUGAGAGGCAUGCGAGUAUCAGUGGUGGAGCAGAAGGAACAUGACUUUCUUCAGAUCAAAAUGGUUCAUUGUGGCUGCAAGGUAUAUCAUCCUGUGUGCUUUGCUGUUCGUUUGCAUUGUGUUUGUGAGGAAAGACUUCAAACCCUCGACAGCGUCUUCAAAAUCUGCUUUUGUUAUUGCGAAACCAACCUUCUGGAAAUACAGAUCCAACAAGAUCCAAACUAAAACCGUCAAACCCCCGAAACCGACUUUUAAAUGCGUUUCAAACGUGAGCGAUGCAGAAAUACCUAAAGACUAUCCAGAACUGCAUCGUUUGUUCCUAAAAUAUAAGAGCUGCCGGACAUUCCCAACCC